AUGGGAGGGAAUGGAGAUUUGAUGUUUCUAUUUGCCAAGAAAGUAGAAGAAUUCUUGAAAGAGGAGACGCAAGUGUUCUCCUUGUUUGCUUCUUUGGGAAUCAACAGUAAAGCUGUGAUGGGAGAGCUGCCUGUUGUGUGUGAUUUUCCUGAAGUGUUUCUCGAUGAUAUCAUAUGUUUUCCACCAGAGCGUGAGUCAGAUGAGGAUCAUGCGGAGCAUCUGAGGAUCAUAUUACAUACCUUGGAAGAAAAGAAGUUGUAUGCAAAGUUAUCUAAGUGUGAGUUAUGGCGGAAGGAAGUGAGUUUCUUAGGCCAUGUAAUUUCUAAUGGAGGAUUUUCGAAGUUGGAAAUGCAUUUGACUCGAAAGGGUCAAGCAUAUUUGUGGGAUUCUUUGUAUGAAUUGAGUUUUAUAGAGCUCAAGAAGAAGAUGAUGUCUGCUCCAAUAUUGACUUUGCUGAAUCCGAGUGAGUCUUUUGUUAUGUAUUGUGUUGCUUGGAUGAUAGGUUUAGGUGGUCUACUGAUGCAAAAGAUACAGGUUAUGGCUUAUGCUUCUAGACAGUUAAAGGUUCAAGAGAGGAACUAUCCUAUGCAUGAUCUGGCAUUAGAAGCCGUUGUGUUAGUACUUAAGAUUUAG